GAGGAGGAGGAGGAGGAGGAGGAGGAGGAGGAGGAGGAGGAGGAGGAGGAGGAGGAGGAGGAGGAGGCGGCCCAAACAGGCUGCACGGCCUGGCAGGAGGCCAUGCAGCCCCCUGGGGCGGCACGCGCGAGCACAGACGCCCGGGCGGCCCUGGGCGGAAUUGGGUUCGGCGCCAGGGCCCCGCACCGCGCUUGUCGAAAAAGGUACACGAACAAAAAAUUGUGGGGCUGCUCGAAGGAGCAGAUGAAUCUAGAUCCCUCGUGCUGCUGCCUGCUGGAGCGCGGUAAUCCGGGCCACGGUCGACGUAUCGUUGGCCGACCCCCUACAGAAUAUUUACAGCCCGCGCGCCCGAGAGCGCAGCCGGUCGGCCUCCAGGAGCGCGGGCCCUCCGCGCCCCGCGGGCCGGACUCCGACCCGAGCGCUCUGCCCAGCUCCAAUCUGUCGAACAGCUCCGCCCUUCACGCCCCGCUCCACGGAGCUCGCGGGGCCACCCUCCCGGGAGAACGCGUUCGGGCUCCGCGCGCCCGCUCACCGAGCCAGGGACACGCAAACCUGGGUGAGCUCCGUCAAAUCCAUUUUGCCGUCCGAGUCCGAGGCCUCGAUCCUGUAGGCAUCGUCGGAGAGGCCGAACUUCUUCUUCAGCGCCUUCUCGACAAUCUCCUUUGCCUUCUCCUCUCCCUCGAUGAAGCCGCUCUUGUCUGCGUCGGGCCGGCCUGGAAGAAAAAGAGGAUCGUCUUCAGCAGCGGCACCUCUGGCGGGAAC